AUGGAAACUCCUUUCCUCACGCACUUAACACAGGAAGAUUAUAAGUUUGUUUACGAAGCCGCUGAGGAUAGUUUUCUCCUUCUGGACGCUCUCGAAGAGGAUCUUCCGCAGAUUAGAGACCAGAAACCUUUGCUCUGUGUCGAGAUUGGCUCAGGAAGUGGCGUCAUUAUCACUGCUCUGGCCAAGAGUUUGUCUUCUUCAGCUCAUUGUGUUGGAAUCGACAUCAAUUAUCACGCUUGCAAGGCCACCAAGAAGACUUCCCUGGUCAAUGGGGCGUCUCUUGAUGUGGCGGCAAUGGAUUUAUUGAGCGCUUUCCGCUCUCAUUCGAUUGAUUUACUUAUCUUCAAUCCACCUUACGUGCCCACAGAGCCGAGUGAAGAUGAUUCUCGAGAUCGUGGGACUUUCGCGGGAUGUCUGGUGAAGUCUUGGGCGGGUGGCAAGGAUGGAUGCUCAACACUUCAUCGCUUAUUUCCUUUCUUGGCGGAUAAACUGUCCCAGAAGGCGAUUUUCUAUCUACUCUUGUUGCGAGAGAACAAACCCAAAGAAGUGCUGAAGACAUUCCUCACGCUGGGCUUCUCAGGCAGCAUCGUGAAAGAGAGGAGAAUUCGUGGAGAGUAUCUCUACAUUCUCAAGAUCGUGAGAUGCAAUUCAAUAAAGUAA